AUGGAAAUACCAACAACUUCAAAUUUAAAUAAUGUUGUACAACCAAUUCUUUCUAAAUCUAAAGAGUUUAAUACAUUCCUCCAAUCUUCAAUAGAGGAUGCAGGAUUGGUAAGAAAGUUUGUUAGCAAACCAUUAGUUUGGUUAGAUGCCGAUGAAAAUAUAUUAAAUGCAUUCGAUAAACUAUCAAAUCAAAAAUUAUUAUCAGCUCCAAUUUAUUGUAGUAUUUCAAGACAAUGGGUAUCAAUUUUGGAUAUUAAAGAUUUAGUAAAAUUCGUUGUUUCAUUAUUUGAUGAUAAUAAUAAUUUAGUCAAAGAUAUUAACCCAAAAGAUAUAACAAUUAGAACUAUUUUAACCAAUUCAAAUGGGGUUUUUAAAAGACAAUGUCCAAUGAUUUCAAAAAAUGAUACAAUUUUAAAUCUUUUAGAUUUAUUCAAUAAAAAAUUCCACAGAGUCUGUAUUGCAUUGUCCGAUGAACAAAUGGAUAUUAAGGUUUAUUCUCAAUUAACUUUAAUAAAGUGGCUAGAUAAACAUCUCAAAGAAUUGGGAUUAUUUAAUAAACUCAAACCUGUAAUUCAAAUCAAUCAUAAUAAGCUAGCAAUCGAUGCUUUUAGACUAUUGGCAGAGAAUAAUAUCUAUGGUGUUCCAAUAGUUAGUGAUAAUGGGGAGUUAAUGGAUAAUAUUUCAGUAAUUGAUAUAAAAUAUGUUAAAAUGGAUAAAGCUAAACUUCUACAACCACUUUCAGAAUUCUUUUAUCCAACAGUAGGAAAUGCAUAUCCAAUUCCUUUAAGAGAACCAAUAGUAUGCGCACCACAAACUAGAUUAAGAGAAGCUAUUGGCAGAGUUGCCUCAGGUAAAGUACAUCGUAUUUUCUUAGUCAAAGAGGUAGUCGAUGCAGGAGUUUCCCAAGUACCAAUAAAUGUUGUAUCAGUAUCUGAUAUUGUAGGAUGUGUAGUAAAUUUAACAGGUUUAAAAUCCAAUUUACCAAAACAAUAA